ACCCGCGGAGCCGAGCCAGGCGGCGUUCCCCGCGGAACUGGGUGUAACCAUCUCCAGCGCGCCGAGCCCGCGGCUGCCCCGGGGUCCGCGGCCCCGAUGGCUCCGGAGCGCGGGGCUCGCUCGCUGCCCUGCGGCACUGAGGGGCUGCCCAGAGCCUUCCUGCAGAGCCUGCGGACCCUCUUCGACAUCCUGGAUGACCGGCGGCGGGGCUACGUGCACCUGCGGGAGAUCGAGUCCCGCUGGCAGGGGGCCGAGGCCCGGGAGCUCCCCCCCGGCGUGCUGGAGGGGCUGCGGCAGGCGGCCCCGGCCAGCGGCUACCUCACCUUCGAGAGGUUCGUGCUGGGGCUGCGGGCCUCGCUGCUGAGCCCGGCGAACGGGGGUAAAGCGGCCCGGCCGGGCCCGGGGGGGGGCGACCCCCACGGCAAGGCGCGCCCCGCCGCCCCCAAGGGCGGGCCGGGCCGAGGGCAAGGGGAGCCCAGGCCGCUGGCCGAGAAGGGCAGGUACUCGAGCGGGCUCGCCGGCAGCUCGUCCCGGAGCAUGGAGAAGAUCCCCAGCCCGCCGGGAGCCCCCGCGCACCGGGCCGAGGGGGACCGCGGGGGGCAGAGCCACGGCAGGCGCAGAGGUGCCGAUGGGAAGCCCACAGGACAGUCCCAUGGUGAGGGCAACGGCACGGGGGUGGCGGACGCUCGGCGGCAUGAGAGAGGUCGCGGUGAGCACCGGAGACACACCAUCACCAACGGGGUGGACUAUGGCAUGCUGAAGCAAAUGAAGGAGCUGGAGCAGGAGAAGGACUUCUUGCUCCAGGGGCUGGAGAUGGUGGAGCGGGCCUGGGAAUGGUACCACCAGCAGAUCCAGACAGUGCAGGAGCGCCAGAAACACCUGGGGAAAAACAAAACCACAAAUGACUUCUUCUCAGAGGGGAACCAGAGCCACCUGGGUCACCUUCUACCCAAGCUGCAGGAAGUGAACCGCUGUCUCAGAGAGCUCCUAUCCACCUCGGGGAAGCCUCUGAACUCCUCCUCGUCGGCACUGACCAGGCAGGUCCCUGCUGCCCCCACGCCGCCUCCUGCCCUGGCAGGGCCCCAGCAAGCCAUCAGUGUGCUGAAGGAACAAAACCGGCUUCUCACCAAGGAGGUGACCGAGAAGAGCGAGCGGAUCACCCAGCUGGAGCAGGAGAAAUCCGCCCUGAUCAAGCAGCUGUUUGAGGCACGGGCCCGAAAUAACCAUGAAACAAGCCAGCUGGACUCCACCUUCAUCUAGCCCCCCUGUUGACCUCCCACACCCCAGGCCAGGGCUCUGGGGAGGGCCUGGGCAGGGACACCGCUGCAAAAGCAGCCCCAGCCAGCCUACCUCAGUCGCCAGGUCUGAGCCUCCAUGGGGCCUAGGCGUAUUGUGGGUUUCUAUGGGGCCGUGACUCCUGCCCAAGUCUCGUUGGUUCCCUUGCUCCUUGGCGAUGCUGCGCCUCGUUUGUGGUAGGUCCGGAGGUGCUAGCAAAGCACCUGAAUUGAUCCCUGUCUGAUACCAGAGCCUGUCCCAGGCCUCCCUUGCAGAGCUCUGGCACCUUCCCACAUCUGUGCACUGGGCUGUGACUGGAUGGCAUUGCCCUCUCGGGUAUGCUGUUGCCCUUCUGCCUUGGAAACUGAGCGGGGCACCAUGCAAGUCUUCCUGAUCCAUUUCGCUUGUGGUGAGGGAAGCACCGUACUCCAAAGGUUUUCUCCUCCUUCCAGGUGCUGUUUCUGCAGCUGUACAGUACUCGGGAGGGCAGCUACGGCCUCAGCCCCUUGCGUGACACGGCUGAAUGCCGGCUGCUUUCCGAGGAGGACUGUGUAUUGCUGCUUAACACUCCUGUUGGCAUCUAAGGGGCACAGUGACCACUCAGAGGCUGGUUCCUCACGUGCCUAACCCCUCACUCCAGCACCAGGCUAGCUUGAAUGUCCAUGGUACUGUCCCAAGCUCCACCCACUCAUGACACCAAAACCCUAUUUGCAGUAGCUGGUGCAGAUCGUCGUGGCAUGAUAGCCCCUCUCUCGUGUCUGGAGUAGUGAUGAAAUAGUCAAUGUUUACACUUCAACUGACAUAAUUAAGUUUUGGGGUUAACACCUCAGUGAGAUGAAUAGGGCAGUUCCCAGCUCUGAGCUACUGUUCCAGGCUGCCUGCAGACUCAGGCACACAUCCCUGCAUCAGUUACACUCAGUUAACAUAGGAAAGAUUUUCCUGGUGACCCACCAGGGGUAAAAACUUUUGGUUGGUUGGUUUGUUUGAAAUGCACAAGGGAGCAGCUAGCAGGCUCCUGGAGCCAGCCCACUCCAUCCCCCUGAACCAGAGAGGUUUCGGGACUAAGAUUCCUUACCGAAUAAACACAGCCGGAGGGUAGGAUGCAGAUGGGCUGUUCCCUUCCCUCCCCACUUCUGCCUGCCUUCUGAGGGGUGAAGAAAUUGCUGCUUUGCUGGGCUGAAUGCUGCAAUCACCUUCCCAGGGCAUGACCUGUUUACAGGGGUGGAUGGGUUUUCUGGAAGCAUGAGCCAGGAGGGGCCGGUGCUGCUCAGGGUAUUUCCCCUCAUGUUUCUCUUCACACUCAUCAGCGCAGAACUGUCCAGGAUGGUGCCUCAACCAGGCAGGGCCCUGGGAUCAUAUCGUUCUAGCAGCAUCUGUGACACUGAAGGACAUCGCUGACCCCCAUGAGUUUAGCUAUUGUUUCCCUCUCCCCUUAAUGCUGCCCCCUUUCCAUUCUCCCGUCAUUCAUCCUCCACCCUGCCACCUUCAAAUGGGGCAGAAAAGUGGCCUCAAGAAAAGCCUCUUGUAGCUGCCCCCUUUGUCUCCUGUGACUCCUCACCAGCCAUAGGGCUGUGCCAGGACAUGGUUCUCUCUGGCUCAGGCCUUAACGAAGCUGCCAGCCACCUGCUUCCUCCACCCACCCCAAAUCUCAGCCUAGGUGCCUGUGCAAACUGGAAUGGACCUUCCUGUCCCCUCCCAUCCCCCCCCCCC